CAGGUUCACUGCUAAUGUUAAAUAUCAUUUGAGAAGUCAUGUUGCAAACCCCUUUUUUGGUUGACAACCUAGGCUGAUGCUAGUUUGCUGCCAUGAGAGCUCUCAGCAAAUUCCGGCAACAGAUCAUAGCCUACCAUGUGAGGAGACGGUCGAGCAGGUUAGCCUGCGGAAUAUCACGACUGCGGCUGGCCCUGAUUUCCGGCGGAACCGCUGUCUCCCGCUCCUGCCCAUCGUGGACCCGGCAACGCCAAUUCCAACGUGGCUUUUUCAGUUCCCGCAACCACCCGGGAGAGACGAGCGAUGGCAAAAGCAUCCUCACAGUCAUCCCCAUCGCCCUGCUCGUAGGCGCUUUAGUUAUGUACUCGCUAUAUCCGGGAGAUGAAAUCCGCCGUGCCCGCCUCGCCGAACGGGUAAAGAGACGUUUGCAAUGCGCCCGGGACGACCCGAAGUCCCAGACCAAGGAGACCGCCUGGUCGGCUUUUGCUCGCCGAGUUGAGAACUUUUCCAACGUAGCCGAUAUCGAGUGGUCCGCAUUAUCCGAUCGCAUAGUCGACCUGAUCCUGCCCGAAUGGUCAAAGGCUGUUCCCGGCCAAGUCCGCAAGCUCCAGCGCGAGCUCUCUAUGGCAGAUGGGUCGCUAGCCAAUGAAAUCUGGCAAGAGGCUCACGACCCCUUCAUCCACCCGGAAAUUCGGUAUUCCGCCAAAGUUCGCGUCUCCGAAGAGCUCUGCGACGAGGAAAAGGAAUUUCUGGCCCGCCGAAAGAAAAUCACAACAGCGGCUCUAGCUAGGUAUCUCGGCCUCGACGAGAGCGAUGUCGAUCCCAACGAUGUUCCUACCAUUGCUGUGUGUGGUUCUGGCGGCGGGUUACGGGCGCUGGUCGCCGGGGCCGGCUCGCUACUUGCCACUCAAGAAGACGGGCUUUUCGACUGUAUUACGUAUACGUCGGGUGUCAGCGGGUCGUGCUGGCUUCAGUUGCUCUGCCAUUCUUCUCUCAUAAAAUGUCGACUUGAUCGUCUUGCUGAUCACUUGAAGGCAAGGAUAGGUGUUCACUUCGCAUAUCCGCCAGCCGCCUUUUCAUCUCUAACCUCCUCGCCAACCAAUAAGCUGCUUCUCAGCAGUCUAGUCGAGAAGCUCAAGGGAGACCCGAAUGCAGAUUUCGGGCUCGUCGAUGCUUACGGCAUUCUCUUAGCAGCGAGGCUGCUAGUGCCCAAAGGAGAGCUCGGCGUCAACGAGGGGGACUUCAAGCUCUCCAAUCAGAGACAAUACAUAAAGUACGGACAGAAUCCCAUGCCGAUCUACACCGCAGUCCGUCACGAGAUUCCUGACAUAUCCGACAAAAUAUCGAAAUUUGACAAAGCGAGUCCAGAGAGGGUAAAGGAGAUUGCUAAGCAGGAGGCAUGGUUUCAGUGGUUUGAGUUGACGCCGUACGAGCUUUUUUGCGAAGAGUUCAACGCCGGAAUUCCUACCUGGGCGCUUGGCCGGCGGUUUGACAACGGCGAGGAUGUGCCUCCAGAAGGCAACGGGUUCCAUUUGCCAGAGCUUCGGACGCCCAUCUUGAUGGGCAUCUUCGGUAGCGCGUUCUGUGCCACCCUCAGCCACUACUACCGGGAAAUUCGGCCACUCGUUAAGAGCCUUACCGGCCUCGGGGCCAUCGACGAUGUGGUUCAUGGGUACAAUGAGGACCUAUCAAAGGUCCACCCCAUCGAUCCUGCCCUGAUACCCAAUUUUACCUAUAAUAUGAAGGGAAAAUUACGAUUUACGACACCGACAACGAUAUACGAUAAUGAAUACAUCCAGCUUAUGGACGCUGGAAUGUCCAAUAACCUACCGAUAUACCCGCUACUUCGACCUGGCCGAGAUGUCGACGUCAUUGUAGCAUUCGACGCGUCCGCCGACGUCAAGACAGACAACUGGCUCUCUGUCGCGGACGGCUACGCUCGCAGACGCGGCGUCAAGGGCUGGCCCAUUGGUAUCAGCUGGCCUAAGUCAACGGAUUCAGUUCCGGAAAUCGAGGAGCAACUGGAUGUAGCGCAAGCAGACUCGGCCGCUAAUAAAGUGCAGGAGGCCCAAAAAAAACACCCAAGCCUGGACACGAAAUCGCCCAAGAAACUUGCAUCUCGCGAUCAAGGCACCGAGGAGAGAAACCAUACGUUGGGUACCGAAGACUCGGAUCCAGGCUACUGCACGAUCUGGGUGGGAUCGACAGAAGAACGGUCGUCAGAGCCGCCACCGCCAACCAAGGCACUCGCAGACGACAGGUCGUGGCAGCUCACCGAGCCGAGCGCGGGCAUCACCAUCGUCUAUUUCCCCUUCCUCGCGAACCCAUCACGCGUCGCGGGUGUGGACCCGGCUACUAGCGACUACAUGAGCACAUGGAACUUCGUGUAUACGCCCGAACAGGUCGAGAAGGUGGUGGCGCUAGCUCGCACCAACUACGCCGAGGGGCGAGACCGUCUCCGUCGCUGCGUGCGCGCCGUGUACGAGCGCAAGAAGAGGAUGCGCGAAGAGCGCGAAGCCGUCGCCCGGAGGGAACGGUAUAGGCGCUUAGUUAGACUCGGGAUCGCGGAUAAACUUGGGGAAGGUGAUCACUUUAGCUAGGUGUACUUGAGUCUGGGUGAGGGAGGGGGUUGCCGCGAGCCAGCUGUAAGUUAAUAUUUUGCGCCCUUCAUGACUUUGCCCCUUUCAUUCCCCUGCAUUCUUGCGGCCUUGGUUGGAUGUUCCGCGUACACAUACCUACACGUAGUAAGCCACAAAUACGAUACUUUGCUGCCGGCUUAGGAGGUUCA